UGCACAAUUAGCAGAUGAAAAACACUUGCUUUCAAUUUAUCAAUUAUUCACAGUACUAAAUGUAAUUAACUAAUUUAUAGCUCCUUUUUUCUGAUAUAUACGAUAUAUUCUCAAUGUGUAAAUGCUGUAUACAAAAUUUUGAUAUGGUAAAAUAAUUCAACCUUACUAGUCUUUAUCUUAAGCGGUAUUAGCAUGGAGUUUACCAGUGUUCAUUGUAUUUUUGUAUUAACUUAAAAUAACAAAGGUGAAAAACUGGAUAAAAAGGAGCAAGAUCGAUUCAUACUUACCAAAAACAUUGAUCUGAUUAUAGAAUUGAUUAACUGAGGAUAAUUCAAUACUGAAAUAUUUAUAAUUGUUAAAUAAAAAUGAGGAAUAUUUUUCGAAAAGGAAAAAGAGUUAUAAUUGGAUAUCUGAUUAUCAUGGUAACUGUGAUUGCUGUUUCUGAAACUCUUCUUGGGAAAUUCUUUUUAAAAAUAAGUCCAUACUCUAUGCAAGUGCCAAAUGUAUUACUACCAACUAAAGGAGUCACCUCAUAUAUCAACCAAAGUGUAACACAACAGCAGAAAAUACCAACAUCAAGAAAUAUUAUCUUCAACUCACGAACAAAACAACAAUCACAACACUCCAUUAAGAUACCGACAAAAGCAGUAAAAAACCAGAUUACGUCUACAGUAUCUUCUUUCAGAGGAACAACCUGGGACCCAAGUUCUAUUCAUAGAAAGGCGAUCACUAAGAACUGCACUAUGCUAGUUGACCCUUCCAUUAUAAAGACUCCUUUUAAAUUUUAUAUCUACGAUUUGCCUACAAAAUUCAAUUAUGACAUUCAAAGACUUUUUACUGAUGAGAGAAAAUACUCUUUUUGUUACAAUUUGGAUUACUGUGGUAUGGGUGAGGAACUAUAUCAAUAUAGUGACAAAGGAACUCAAAUAGAUCAAAAGAUGGAGAAAACUGACGGAAGAAUUAGCGUAAGAAAUACGCAUCAGUUUGCACUGGAAGUGAUUAUCCAUUACAAACUGUUACACAGUCCGUACCGUACAACCAAUCCUGAUCAAGCUGAUAUGUUCUAUAUACCAGCUUACACCGGUCUACAGUGCCUUACAUUUUCUGGAAAUUCGCAAGAUUUUGUGAAUGAACUAUUUCAUUAUUUAGAAACAAAGGAGUCUAAGCAUUUUAAUAGUGGAAAACCCCAUUUUUCAACCCUCUCAAAGAUACAGAGGGAACAAGCCUCUCAGAACUGUCCAACUUUACGCCAUUCAAAAACAGAAGCAGUAACUUUCAUAGCAAUUGAAAAAGAGUCAAAUCCAUACUGGUUUAGGAACCAACAAAUUCACGGCAAAUCUAUUAUUGUUGCCCCCUAUCCUUCUUACAUUCAUUUCAUCAAUCAAGACAAAGAGAAAACGUUAUUUGAAUAUCACAGCGGUCUUAGAAAGUUAAAUGAAAGCAGGUAUAUACUUAAGGUACCACCCAUAUCUGAGAGAAAAAUGUUACUAUUUUUGGCAGCUGGAAUGCGGCGAAGUAACUUUUUCAGAGCGAAACUUCUUGAUCAGUUUGCUGUGCAGACAGAUAAGGGGCCAGAUGACUUUUAUGAAAGUGUUGCCAAUCAUCCACAGACAGAGCAAGUUAUGCUGAUUACAAGUGAAUGUUCUGUGAAACAUCGGACUACAACCAUUCCUUGGAUGCAAAGGUCCGUUUUCUGCCUACAACCGCCAGGAGAUUCACCAACUCGUAAAUCUAUCUACGACUCUAUACUUAGUGGAUGUAUUCCCAUUUUAUUCACAAAUCAAUAUAAAACAGAAUAUCCUUUUGAAAGAGUUUUAAAUUAUGAAAGUUUUACAUUCACUAUCGAUGAAAAACUGAUAAGCCGUUAUAACAAAACUGUCAUAGAAAUAGUUAAAGGAAUUUCUGAAGAGAAAACAAAAAGUUUAUACAAUAAUCUUGUGCGUGUUUCAAAAUGGUUUCAAUACAGUCUGCCAGAUGGAGAUGCCCAGUGGGAAGAUGAUGCCGUCACACUAAUACUUGAUGAAUUAGCAUUUCGUAAUAAUAUUACUAAUGUUACGUACAUUUUUUGAAAAAAUGCAUGUGUUUAAAUUUAUACUGUACACUUCUGCUUAAAAAUAAACUUAAAACAACGA